CCGGAACAUUUCCUACUCCACUGUGAGAGCGCAGAGCUUGACAGCUAACAAAAACAAAUCCCCGUCAAAUACAUUUUAUGUUGGUUUUAACGCUCUGGUGUAAUCUGGAACUUUUAUAUUUGAUAUUGCAACAUGUUUAUCACAGAUAUUAAAAAGGAUUUUUAUGAAGUUGUUGCCAACCAAAGAGUUGCACUUCUGGUUGCUGGGGACAUCGACGCUCUUUGUGCCUGUAAAAUCCUGCAGGCGUUGUUUCACUGUGACCACAUCCAGUAUACACUUGUUCCAGUGACAGGCUGGCAGGAACUUGGCACAGCCUUCCUUGAACACAAAGAGCAGUUUCGUUAUUUUGUUCUCAUCAACUGUGGGGCAAAUGUUGACCUGCUGGAAAUGCUGCAGCCCGAUGAUGACUCCAUCUUCUUCAUCUGUGAUACUCAUCGGCCUGUUGAUGUUGUCAAUGUUUACAAUGACACCCAGAUCAAACUCCUGAUCAAACAGGACGAUGACCUGGCUGUGCCUUCUUACGAUGAAAUCUUCAGAGAUGAAGAUGAGGAGAAUGAAGAUGACUCUGGAAAUGAGAGCGAUGAAGGCUCCGAGCCAUCUGGGAAGCGAAGAAGAUUUGAUGAAGGGGCCGUGGAGAGGAGAAUAGAAAGACAGCGAGUGAGAAGAGAAUGGGAGGCUCGAAGAAAGGAAAUCUUGUUUGACUAUGAGCAGUAUGAAUACCACGGGACAUCUGCUGCUAUGAUGGUUUUUGAACUCGCCUGGGUUUUGACUAAAGACACCAAAGACAUGCUCUGGUGGGCCAUUGUCGGCCUGACAGAUCAGUGGGUUCAUGAUAAAAUUACACACAUGAAGUAUGUGACGGAUGUCGCUACAAUGCAGCGACAUGUUUCCCGGCACAGUCACCGUAACGAAGACGAGGAGAACUCACUGUCCAUCGACUGUAUGAGGAUCUCUUUUGAAUACGACUUGCGCCUGACGCUUUACCAGCACUGGUCUCUGUAUGAGAGCAUCUGUAACUCCUGCUACACCUGCUGCCACUUCAAGCUUUGGACCCUAAAUGGCCAAAAGAAACUCCAGGAGUAUUUGGCUGAUAUGGGGCUACCCUUGAAACAGGUGAAACAGAAAUUUAACUCCAUGGACAUGUCCAUUAAGGAAAACCUAAGAGAGGUUAUUGAGGAGUCCUCUAACAAAUACGGUAUCAAGGACAUCCGCAUCCAGACAUUUGGGGCUCAGUUUGGCUUCAAGAACCGUUUCCUGGCGAGUGACAUGGUGCACGCUGCUGCUGCCUUGCUAGAAAGCACUGAAAAAGAUGAAAGCGACACAGAUAACUUCAUUAAGGCCCUUGAUUCACUUUCAAGAAGUAACCUGAACCGCCUCCUGUCUGGCAUCGAUCUGGCCAAGAAGAAGCUCAUUGCCAUCCAGCAGACUGUAGCCAGCUGUAUUUGUACCAACCUCAUCCUGUCACAGGGACCUUUCCUGUACUGUUACCUCAUGGAGGGAACUCCUGACGUGAAGCUGUUUUCAAAGCCCAUGGCCUUGAGUCUGCUCUGCAAAUACCUGCUGAAGGCCUUUGUCCACUCGACGAGGAACAAACGCUGUAAGUUACUGCCUCUCGUCAUGGCUGCUCCCAAAGAUGUGGAGAAGGGAACCAUCAUUGUUGUGGGAAUCCCGCCUGAGUCGGAGACAUCUGACAAAAAGAAUUUCUUUGGUCGAGCGUUUGAAAAGGCUGCAGAGAGCACCGGCUCCCGGACUCUUCAUGACCACUUCGACACCUCAGUCAUCGAGCUGAAGACGGAGGACAGGAUAAAGUUUCUGGAUGCACUCAUCACACUGCUGUCAUGAACGAGUCGGCAGACGAAGGAAUCAGCCGUGUUCUUUGUUUUUAUUUUCUGAAGCUUUUCUUUAGUGUUUUGUGAGUAAAUUGUACAGUUUUUUUUCCUUAUAAAUGUUUGUCCAUGUUUUUGAAAUUCUCUCCCAUUUUAAAUAAAUCAAAUGAGAACUGUGGACUGCGUCAGAUGCUUUUUCAUCAAAUGUUCUGAAAUUAAAUCUGCGUGAGUCCAUUUAGGCCUUUGGGGAGCUGAUUUCCCUUUUAAUAUGUAGCCACACGAGGGCCCUAAUCUGGGUUCCCAUGUACCUGUCCCCAGCCCGGAAAAAACACAUGGUUGUGUCAGGAAGGGCAUCCGGCGUAAAAUCUCUGCCAAACCAGCUGUGCAACUCGGUGAAAGCUGAUUCACCUGAAGGAAUAUGCUGAAAGGUGAACAACAUUUCCCUUUUAAUAUCAUAUAUGGUUGAAU